CUCCUGAAUCGCAAGUGGAAUCCCAAAUAAGGUUACUCCAUACCUCCCCCGGAUUCCUUCGAGGCAUGCACCUUAUCGCUCAUGCCCCAGUCCUCAUUCCUGUCCCUUAGAUCCGUCCUAUUCGUAAACAUUCCGCGAUACAAGAGCAAAUAAAUACGAAUUCUUGUCCCCCACGGCUAUUCGACUGGAUACUACUACUGGUGUGCUCGCAAGUUGCACGCAAAUCAGCUCUCCUCGGUGCGCACUCAUUUUACGUUCUCGCUCUCGGUGAAAGUUCCCCUUUUCUUCGAGGCUCCAUCACAUAAUGGCUCCAAUUAAUAGGGUGGGCGCAACAAGGGGGGCUCAGGAAGAACAUGACGACAUACUUGAGGAUCCCAUUGAUUUUGAGGAGGAUGAAGGCUCCGAUUUAGAUCCUUCUCAGAAAGAGUACCAGGAGCAUCAUCGCAGGCUGGAUCAAUUCCUAUCACCUUUGGCUCUCGAUGAAGCGGUUCUAUACAAACUUGCGCGUCGGUUCUCAACUGUGUAUCGCGACCUGGCCCUAAACUCAGAAGAGCAGUUUCUACCUACACCGGUGACCCAACUACCUACGGGCUUGGAGUCAGGGCGCUAUUUGGCCAUUGAUGUUGGAGGAUCAAAUCUACGAGUUGCGUUCAUUGAGCUAUUGGGGGAUGCUGCUGAUUCUGAUGUCGGGUCCGCGGAUACCUCGGAGCAAUCAAACACGAUUCGCAAGGCACAAAGACAGCGCGUGAGGCGAACACUAGAGAAAGCGUGGCCCAUUCAGGAGCAUCUCAAGAUGGACAAAGCGGAAGACCUUUUCGCUUGGAUCGGUGACCGCAUUGCGGAAGUGGUAGCCGAAAGCCUGACGUCGGAUGCUACAAAAGGCACGGUCCCAGAAGAGUUGGAGAUGGGCAUCACAUUCAGCUUCCCGAUAAUGCAAGAGUCAUUGUCAGAGGCUACACUGAUGCCGAUGGGUAAAGGUUUCGCCAUUACGUCGGAUCUGAAUCUUCGUAAGAUCCUGCUAAGCGGCUAUGAGAGGCAUACAAGGCGCCCAGACGAUGAAGAUGAACCUUCCUCCAAGCGCCGGAAACUUUUCGCAUUACCAAAACUCAAGAUUACUGCUAUUACGAAUGAUGCCGUCGCUACCCUCGCCUCUUUGGCUUAUGCUGUGAAGUCUUUGCCAAAUAGUCGGGUGGCUAUGGGCAUCAUCGUAGGCACGGGGUGUAACGCGACAAUUCCAAUGAAACUGACCUCUUUACAUAAAACUAAGGCCCACCAUGUGAAAUCAAAAGAUUCAGAGGCUGUCGAAACGGUUGUCAACACCGAGUGGACUCUUGCCGGCUGCGCACCCCCCUUGAAGGAGCUCGAGAUCAUAACAAAAUGGGAUAUUGAACUAGACAGAGCAUGUGCACGACCUGGUUUCCAGCCAUUUGAGUAUCUGACUGGUGGUCGAUACAUCGGUGAACUUGUCCGGCUUAUCCUUUUUGACUACCUCAUCAACGUCGUCGGGCUAUCUUCGAAGGAAUUGCCUGCAAAUCUCAUUCAAGAGUAUGCACUGACAACCACAUAUAUAUCGGACAAUGUUGCUCGCGCUCGGUCAGACCAGGAACUUGUUGAUGUAUUGAUUCGAUCUUUGCCCUCACCGGAAAGUAGUGAGUGGCAAUGGGAUGUUGCCUGCGCCGGUGCCUUUCGCAAGAUUGCCCGGACUGUACAAAGACGAGCUGCUGGUCUGAUUGCUGCGGCAGUAGUAGGGCUACUUGCCUGUGCCAAUGAAAUCGAGUUGAAAGUGGACAGCACCGAAAACUCACCACAGCCCUCCAGCGCUGCUUCACCCGAGCUUAAUGGCAGUGCUGACAUCUCUACUAUAACAAACUAUAAAUCGCCAUCUACACUAGAGGUGCCAACAAACGUUCGAAAAGGCCACGGGCCGAUUGUUCCUGUUUUGUCGCCCACGCCCCCGCCCCCGGAUUGGCAAUCAGGUCCUGAGGAACUUGUUGUCGCUUACACUGGCGGUAUAAUCCAGCACUAUCCUAACUUCAAGAACAUGUGCCAGCAAUUCAUAGAUCGUCUCAUCAUGAGAACUGGGCCGCAAAAGAGCGGGAAGUCUGUUUUCUUACGAGAGGUUUCAGAUGGUGGUGUCAUCGGUGCUGGAGUUCUAGCCGGAAUGGUGGCUAACCGGUGAUUUUCCUGGGGAAAAAUCCAUCUCUCAAAUUGACGUGAUAUGAUUUUUUUGCAUUUUGUAGGAUGUGUCUGGAUGAGCACUGCGGUCCAUCGGAGUUCACAAGUUUGUCUUCUGGGUGAUAGAGGCGCUUGUUUCUUUGGUUGAAGGCGUUCUAUAGUAGUCCUUUGCUUCCUUGUUAACCUUUUCCCUUUUUCCUAUUCUAUUGGGCUCCUUGAUCCCCA